AUGAGAUAUGGAAUUCUUUUUGCGGGGCUUCUGCUUCUGCUCCCAACUUUGAUUAUUCUGCAUCUCCUCGUUGCGCCCUAUACUAAAGUUGAGGAGUCCUUCCAUAUCCAAGCUGUUCAUGAUAUCUUGGUCCAUGGAUUUCCUUCUACACUGGACUCUGAGCGCAUAAACUAUGACCACUUUGCGUUUCCUGGCGCUGUGCCUCGGACAGCUGUUGGUGCUGCCGCACUCGCUAAGCUGUCGCAAUGCGUGAUCACGUUGGAUGAACGAAUUGAUCGACAAGUUCUAGCCCGAGGAAUACUGGGUCUCUAUAAUGCAUUCGCGCUAGGCGUGUUCGCAUACGGUCUCCGCCGCAGCUUCGGUCAGACAGCUGGUAUAUGGUACCUUCUCUUCCAGAGCAGUCAAUUCCAUGUGAUCUACUAUGCUUCAAGGCCCUUGUCUAACAUGUUCGCCUUUGGCCUAACAACUCUGGCAAUGCGAUUUCUCCUUCUGGAUAAAGUCGAUAGGUCCUAUGCCCAAGCACAGGGUCCAUACAGACUAUCAUUGUGCCUUCUUACCAUCGCCGGCGUCGUCUUUCGCUCCGAGCUUGCAGUCCUAGUUGGCACACAAACACUGUUCCUAAUUCUAACUGGCCGCAUUCAUAUAUUCAAAACCGCCGUCCCAGCCGGCCUGAUUGGUCUCACACUUGGCCUUUUGACCACCGUCACUAUUGACUCGCUCUUCUGGCAGCGCGCCCCUCUUUGGCCCGAGUUUGAAGCAUUUGUCUUCAACGUAAUCCAUGGCCAGUCCUCGGCAUGGGGAACAGAGCCUUGGUCCUUCUACUUCUUCAACGCUCUCCCGAGACUCCUCCUCAACCCCCUAACAUAUCUACUCGCUAUCCCAGUCGCACUCCGUCAACCAGCAACUCGGACCCCGGCGCUCUCCCUCCUCAUUCCAUCUUUCUCUUUCAUUGCUCUGUAUAGUAUCCAGCCACAUAAAGAAUGGCGCUUCAUAUUAUACAUCAUCCCAUCUUUGACGGCUGUUGCUGCUCUUGGUGCCAACUACCUCUGGACACGUCGCUCUCGCUCUUUCUUCGCGCGUGGCGCCUCUUACUUCUUAAUUCUCUCUAUAAUUGCUUCAUUUUGCUUAUCGAAUAUUGUGCUUUUACCCGCCUCCGCGGCUAAUUAUCCAGGAGCCCAUGCUCUCAACGCAUUGCAUCAAUAUCAAGCUCAAACGUCAUCUGUCGACUCGCAAAUUGAUAGACAAGAGAAUAUAUCGGUUUAUCUUGGAAACCUAGCAUGCCAAACAGGGGUCACACGUUUCCUACAACAGACAGAUACUCAGACCACGAAUUGGAUAUACGACAAGACAGAAGAUGAGAGUACCAAGUCUACGGCUGUGUUUUGGGAGAAGUUUGACUAUGUCGUUGUUGAAGCUUCUUCGGACUUGGAAUUCCGUGACGAAGAUGAGACCCGUCUGCAUACUGCGCUUCCUUCUUCACAAUGGGAAACUGUUAAGGUUGUUGAGGGAUUUGCUGGAAUUUCAAUUGUUAGACCUGGGGCUUUGGCGGAUGGUAUUGCUGAGAAGCGGCUUUUGUCUUUUAUUGGAGGUCAGCACGCGGUUGACUUUUAUGAAAAAUUGCGUGAGACUGCUAGGAAACUGCUAUUGAAGGGUUGGUGGGUCGAAUUGAAAAUGGUGCCUAGGGUGAAAGUGUUGAGACGGGUGAAGUCUGCCGUUUGA